AUGAUUAGACAUGCCACAACUAAGAAAACGGGAAUUUUGCAGACCAGACAUGACAGAAGUUCUUCUUCAUUGUCUUCAUUAUCACCUGUGCCUUCUGACACACCGCCGGUCAAGAAAUCCAAACGGGCUGAGACCAGAAAAUGUCCCGUCUGCGGGGAAAUAAUAGCUGUAAGGUUACUAGGUAAACAUAGCGAACUAGAGUCGCAAAGAGUUGAUGAGAUUAUAAGGAAUGUUGGUUCCACCGAGGUCCUUGCUGACGACCCUCAAGAAGGAUCUAGCUCUGGAAGUCGUCGCUCUGCCGUCAAGGCGCGUAAAUCGCUCAGUGCAAUGAACCCCCGCUUUGACUCGACAAAUUCACUCGAAGUCACAGUAAAGACCAUUCAAACUAUUACACGUCACCGUAAACAGAGACAUGCGAAGUUAAAAGAAAUGGCCAGAGAAGACGAGUUACCAGUCGACCAGGACGAUUAUGACGGUGAAACAACGUGUCCUGUCUGUCUACAGAUGGUCCGGGGUGACAGAGACGUAAUAGAGGCGCAUGUGGAUGCAUGUUUAGCACACGAGAACGCGCGACAGCAGGAAGAAGAGGACGAAGACGAGAUAGAUGUUGAUGGCGAAGGAACUCUCAGAGUCACGGACGGAGCGAAUCUCAGAGGUAUGGGUUUUCAUGUACGGAACGAGCAGGACCAAGACGUGGAUGACGAGGUCGAUGUGGAUGGAGACGACGAAGCUGUUUUCGGGAAUGCACAAUUCACUGAAGGCGACAUUCUAGGACCUACAAGUGACCCUCACGCAGACGCAGAUGAUGGUACUGAAGGCGAUGUUGACAUAGAGGAUGGCCCUAGCGACGAUCGACAAAGACAGACACUCCGUGACUUAGUGGCCGACGGAAAGUUUGUAAGACGUAGUUCACCGUCAGAGGGAAUGGAAAUAGCCAAGGCGAAACUAGAGGAGGUAAUAGGAGUCGGAGACACAGAUAAAUUGGACUUAGCGAUCGAGGCAGCACGAACGCAAGGAAACGGAAACUCUCUGAUUCUUGCACUCGAGAACAAAGUUAAGCAGCUAGAAUCUAUGAGAGUUUCUUCGUCGACCUCGUUAUUAUGCCGCAUAUGCUUGGACCCAUACACAGAACCAACGGUGUCCACUGGUUGUUGGCAUACGUGUUGUCGAGAAUGCUGGUUGCGCUGUCUUGGAUCAACAAAAUUGUGCCCAAUAUGCAAACGUAUUACAGCGGCAAUUGAUUUGAGAAGAGUAUAUUUAUAGUGUGAUAUUUUACUCCGUGCUCGUCUAGCAAAUGUAAUAUCAUGUCGUUAUCUAAAACUAUUCAUUAGCAUAUAAUCACAAUAUUAUCCACUUUA